AUGGCUUCAGGUGAAGCAGAAGAAGGCGAUGGAGGGAUUCCACUGGACAUCGACAAUGUGCACAUGCUUCUCCAAGUGGAGCAUGAACAGAUUCAGAAAAGGACAUUCACCAACUGGAUAAAUGCUCAACUUGCUAAGGGAAGCCCGCCCUCAUUUGUGUCAGACCUAUUUUCUGAUCUCAGAGAUGGGUCAAAGCUGCUUGACCUGCUGGAGGUGAUGAGUGGCCAGAUGAUGAAAAGACAAAAAGGUCGUGGGGUUUUCCAGCAGAGGGCCAAUAUUGAGACAGCAUUAAAAUUUCUCAAGAAAAAAAAUGUCAAACUGGUAAACAUUAACAUCCCAGAUAUCAUAGAUGGGCGGCCAUCCAUCAUCCUAGGCCUUGUAUGGACCGUCAUACUCCACUGUCAUAUUGAGGAGCUGGCCAGUGCGCUCUCCUUCAGCUCGCGUCAUUCCUCCCUCGACUCUCUCUCCAGCCUGGACUCUUGGUCCGGCAGCCCUGUUCCAGCUAGUCCAGUCCCCGCAGGUCGGACAUCACCGCUCCACAGACGUUUCCGUGUAUCUGCCAAGAAGGCCCUGCUCAUGUGGGUCAGGGACCAAUGCAAAAAAGUUCAUUGCUCUGUUAAUGUGAAGGACUUUAAGUCAAGCUGGAGAAGUGGAGAGGUCUUCCUGGCCAUCCUGUCUUCUCUCAGGCCUCAGUUGGUUAAUCUCUCACUGGUCCAAUCCAGAAGCAACCAGGAGAACCUGGAAGAAGCAUUUCACCUUGCUGAGCAAGAGCUGCAUAUACCCCGCCUGCUGGAACCUCAUGAUGUUGAUGUUAGCAGUCCUGAUGAAAAGUCUAUCAUGACCUAUGUGGCCCAGUUUCUGCAAUACUCCAGUGACAUGCCAGCACCUGAUGACCACCUCCAGCUGUUUCCUUUGGCCCAGCCCUCCUUUUGCUCACCUGAGACUCUGCCUGCACACUUUACUCCAGCAAUUGCUGUCUCACCAGUACACGAGGUUUCUCCAAGUGAACGAGCACAGCAAGUGACAUGCUGGCUGGAACAAGCCUAUCAGGAACUGUCAGACUCAUGGAAGGCUGCAGAGAACUCAAGUUAUGCUGAGAAAUAUCAGGUGCUUCAGAGCCUCGCUGGCUCCUUCACUGAGCAACGGAGACCAGUGAUGACCCUCCUGGCUGCCCUAAGACGCCGUCCUGAGCUGAGUCAGCAGCAGUGUUUUCUCAGGACAGCGUGGGAUCAACUGGAGGAAGAGCUGCAGAGGUGUAAAGCAGACUUGGACCUGAGUCUUCCUCCUCCUCUGGACUCUGUUGUUGCAUGGCUGCAGCGUGCAGAGGCAGGGCUUGCAGAAGACGCAGGAAAAGUGAAAGACCAUUCAGAUGCCGCUAAAGAAGCAAGAGCUCAGCAGGAUAGCCUAAAGAAUAUAAAUAAAGAAAUGGGCCAUUAUGUCAAUAUUCUUGAGACUUAUCACAACAUGGACGAGUCGGGGAACAUAGUGGUCCCCCUUGAAAAGUUUGAUGAGAUAAGAAAACGUUUAACCAGCAUUCGGGUCUCAACCAAGUAUCGAGGUAUCAAGUUGGAAUACCAAGAGUCCCGUCACACCAUCCUGGACCUCCUGAGCCAGAUCGGUGCCAAGGUCCAGGCCUGGAAAGCACCCUACAGGUCUCAGGAGACCAUACAUGUUCUUCUGCAGGACUGGCAUGAAACAAUUGAGCAUCAAGACCUGCUUUUCACUCUGACAAGCGCUCUGCACACCCUGAAGGAGAAGGCGAAUGUUUAUACCAGCAAAGCAGCGCUAAGCGAAAAUUUCCAGCUUGUUACUCGCCAGGUGAAGGAAGCAGAGAGUGAAGUUGAAAUGGUCAAACAGGCUGUGACUGCUACUAGGGGUACCAUGGAGAGAGUUUUGUGUGCAUGGGAGACGUACAACAAAAACCUUGCUUCUCUACAGUCGUGGCUCGCGCAGGAGAAACGAAUUCAGUCCCCAGAUAUUAGUGAGUGGACUUCACGUCAAGCUCAAUUAAACGAGGCAGGGAACUAUCUCAUAGAAGUGACGGAAACGGCAGUCAGUCUCGGUCUGAUCGAACAGUUGAGCAAAGUCAACAUUCAGUGGGCUGAAUACAUGAAGAAGGCUAUGUUUGAAGUAUCAUCAGAGCCCUGUACUGGUGCAUCAUGUCUUCAAAUGGUGCAUUCAAUGACCCAGGAGGCCAGCCUGCUCCUCAGACAGCCACUUGAGGUGGUCUCAGUGCCACUAAAGGCUAUCAGACAGAAAUUACAGUUACUGAAUAAAAAGAUGGCAGAAGUGAACGUGUCAUCUCUUAGCUCUUCUCCUGACUUUCAAACAAGCUACAUUGAAAAAAUCCAGAAAACUCUCCCACAGAUGCUUGUUGAAGCAGAGGGGGCCUGUGGGGAGCUGCAGCAGGCUGCAUCCAGGCUGGAAGGUGGUCUGGCUGAGCUGGAUCGUUGGAGCACUGAUGCGAUGGACUGUUACAAUCACCUAAAGGAAAAAAGUCACAGAGGACACCCUACAAUGGAGCCUACAGCAAAAGGGCUAAUCUCUCGAGGCUUCCAGCUGGCAAACCAGGUUAAAACUGAGGAACAGGCUCUUCAGGGCCUUGUUGCAAUACUACAGAAAACCUCUCCUCUGCAGUACCUCAGCACCUCUAGCCUGAAGGACAGGGUCACAGAAGCAGUCUCCCACUGCCAGGGAAAGUUUUCAGAGAGUCCAGUUCCCGCUAAAUAUGGAGGAAGUUUACCUUGCCAAUUUCAAACCAAGCACAAGAACAUAGGACCUAGCUCUAUACAGAGCAGUAAACCUCCACAACCACCAGUUAUGGUCCACAGUGAAGUCCAUUCAAGAGCCCAGUCAAUGGCGAGAAGCAGGCUGGAGAAGGCCCGGUUUCGUCUGCAAGGACGCAUCCAGCAAGCGAUGAAGUUAUUUGGUGGCAAAGAGAUUUCAGAGUCGGAAGCCAAGAAGAAACAGAAAGCUUUAAAAAUUCUGCAGCCUGCCAUGCUCGAAGAGUUCCUUUGUGCAGUGGAGGGUUUGGGGGCUUUCUGCUCUGGAUCCCAGCUCCAGGACUUGAUGCUCCUCUCUGACUCAGUGAGAAAUCAGUGGGAGGAUGCACGCAGAGAAAUGGCUGCUUUUAUUCCGAUCUUGUGGUCAAAGAUCAGAGAAGGGAAGCAGUCAUUUUCUGUCGUGCAGUGUGAAAUGCAUACUAACACUGUCCAUGAAUCUACUGACCAGACUGUCGAUGACUCUUUGCAGCAGCAGCAGGUACUUGCUGUCACUGAGGGAGCCGCAUCUAUUGAGGAACGUGUUGAAUCCCUCAGAGAGCUGUGCGAAACACUGACGCCAAAGAAAUCCUCCUGCCUCGCUACAGACCAGCUGAGCGAGUCAGAUGAAGUAGAGAAAACACAACCCAGUGAUGCUGCAGUCCCAGCUAACAGGGGACGGCAGCCGGGGGGAGACGCCCCACUGAGCGCGACUGACGUGUCGGCCAACACACCGCCGAGCAACAAUCUCCCACAAAAACAAAGCGAUGACAGCCCACAUGAAGACCUCUCUCCCGUUUCUCAUGUUGUGUCAGUGCAGCCUCAUGGUGAUAUCCUCAAACUGAAAGUUCAGGAAGUCCCAACAGAGAGUGAGGUCCACCUGACAAAAAACAGAGACGGCAGGUCAGAACAAAAUCCAAAGCCUUCACUGCGAGCCAAAGAGCAGCUGCUGAAAGCCCGUCUACUGCACUACGCAGAGAGCAGUCAGCAAAUCCAAACUCAUACACAGGCAGUUGUUAGGAGCAACACGGUGGAGACCAAGCAGGAAGCACAGUGGACCAUCAUCCCAGAGCCAGCUGCUCCAUCUCAAGAAGAACAUCCCUCUGAACAGGAAGUGCAGGAGAGAAUGGCAUCUCUGGAGAACAUUGCUGACCUGAUGAAGUCUGCAGAUGACCAGAAGACACUGAUCACACAACAACUGAACCAGAUCAUCGGACAGCCUGUGGAUAUCUCUGCUCUGACUUUGGCUGAUUCAACAAUAUUACAUGAUUUAAAGGAGAUGGACAACAGGCUGCAGGCUGGAAUGAGGAUGCUAACAGAAAAAAGCACCAAAGAGGAAAGUCAGGGGCCAGAAGCCACAUCCUCCUCAUCCCUCUGCAGGGGCCUCCACAAUAGCAUCCAUCAUUUCAAGCAGCUCAGACAGCAACUGGAGAAAGUUCAGUCAGCUGUUUGUGCUUUGGAUCGCUUCCUGACCACAGUGAGAGAAGUCAAGGCUGAGAUCCAAACUGUGCUGGCAAACCAAGACCUGAGCAAGCAGAAACACGAGGCAGACUGGGAGCAGGAGAAACCUUCUUUGGAUGCAACAAUGCAGAGGUUGCAGGCUGCUACUGAGCAAUCUGAUUCUGUGGACAGUAAUUUAAAGGCAGUGGGGAUUAAUCUGACCAUGGAUGGUGCACCUGCAACAUGUCAGGAUGUGGUGAAAUGCAUCACAGUACAUGUUGUGGAGAUGGAAAAAUGGGGAGCAAAAGCUAUAAUUCUCCCAGAAAAACGGAACAUACAAGACGAUGAGAAAUCUAAAACUGUGGAGACAUGUCAGACAAAGUCUGGUAAUGCUUCCCUACAGCAACAGGACAUGCAAGAAGAUCCCACUUCAAGUGAGCCAGAUGAGGAGUCAGGUUUGGAAGCCAAAAGGCGUAAGGCGGAAGGAGAGACUCAAGUGGAGGAAGUGCGCAAGACUCAAGCAUGGAGACCUCGAGAAGAUCUCCUAGAAACUAAAGACCAGAGACAAAUGGGAAGAACCACCCAGGUUAAGAAAGACGGAGAAAAAAUGGAGAAUUUGGUUCAGAGGAGAGCAAACCUGUUAGCAACACUGAGGGAGACAAAGAAGGCAGCUGAGCAGCUGAGCCUGCAGGAGCCCACUCUGCCUGCUCUGCAACACAGGACACGUACCUUGACAGAGUUGGAAAGUCGCCUCGCUGAAGUGCAGUACGUGCGAGGUGCAUCAUCACGGUCAGAAAUCCCACAUGAGAGUCAGAACAGAGAGGUGGAGGAUCUCUGGGAGGAGGCAACAAAAGCUGUAACUCAAAAACUGGAGCAGUGUGGUGUCCUAACAGAGCUCCUGAAGAGGUUUCAGAGCAUUCGUGGUAAGCUGAGUGCGACACUGCAGAGAGCAGAAAGCACUGUCAGUGAAAAAACCUCCUACAUGGGGAAAGAAAAACUGCAGAGACUACACACUAAGGUCCAGGAAACAAAAGCAGAGCUGAACAGCCUUGGAGAUAGUAUAGAGGAGGUCCGCAGUGUCUGCAGACAGCUUCACACUCACCUACGGCAGAUACCAGAAUGCACAUGCAUCCCAUUUGAGAGCGAAGCUGAUGCCCUCAUGGAUCACUGGCUGGAUUUAUCAGAAAGAACAGAGUCCUGCCUUGAAAACCUACAUCUAGCCUUGACUCUGUGGGACGGGGUCCUUCAGCAGGGGUCAGAAGUGGAGCGCUGGACCAGCGAUAAAGUAGCUGUGUUUGCUCAGUGCCCGUCCUUUCAGUGUGAGGAUGACAUCAAGGCACUACAGAAUGAGAUUGUGCUUCAAGAGGAAAGCAUACAGCAUUUCCACCGUAGAGCCACUGAGAUUCAGACACUGCUUCAGAGCGCAGAGUCCCCUCUGGAGCUUCAGGUGGUAGAAACACAGAUGAGGAAGAAGAUAGAGCAGUUGAAGGAGCUCGUUUCUGAAGCUGAGGAUGUUUACAAGCAGAUGGUGAUUACUAAAGGGCAAAUCACUGGGAGGAUGGAAGAGUGUUUCAACUCCCUGCAGAAGAUUGAAAACUCCCUCCUUACUCUUUGUGGUCCUGAUGUUGCAGACGUGCUUGCAAAACUUAAGGAGUUGUGUCAGCAGCUCCAGUCCCAGGAUGAGCAGGCAGAGAGCCUGUUGGAGGACGUGCAUGUCUUGGCCUCUAUUACAGGUCCAGAUAGCUUACAGAGUCUAUCCGUGGAAGGGAUCCAGCUACAGGAAAAAGUCAGAAACACCCAUCAGCUCUUCUCUGAAGUAGAAGAACAGACUGAGAGGAAUAUGCGUGAUCUGGACAGGCUGCAAAUAGAGAGGGACCAUCUGGAGCAGUGGCUUCAUGCUGCUGAGGAAAAAACAGCAAAGGAAGAGGAUCAAAGUCUUCUGGAAGAAGAAGCGCUUCAACAAAGGGUGAGGACAGAGCUCCUCAGUCAGCUUGUGUCAUCUUUACAAAGCAGCAACCUUCAGCAGCUGGUGGUGGUGGAGGACAGUAAAAAGCUGUUGGAACGAUACAACAGCUCACACAUUAAAAUACAAGGUGACUGUAAGGAGAUGCAUUCCUCUCUGAGGGAGGAAAUCGAGGUGUUUCAGGCUUUAUUCAAGUCCACACAAUCAUGGAUCAGUGAUCUGAGACAAGCCGUAGACUCUCCACUUGCUGAAAGCCCCCGAAUUCAGACUCCGUUAGAGCAAAAACUUCACUGUGCUCAAGCAGUGUUGAGUGCCGAGUUAGAGGGGGAGGCUCGCCUGGAAGAGCUCAGAGUUACUGGAGAUGGUCUGUGCCACAGGGUGUUGAAUGAAGAUGACCUGAAGAGGGAAGUUCAGGACACUGUUCAGAGAGCAGAGGAGCAGUGGUGGGAGACUUUGCAGUCAGUUGAACCGUAUUACAGCGCUCUAAAAGCUGAUCCAGAGGUCACUUGUUUUUACCUGGACCAAAGGAGGGAGCUUUGCCACAAAGUGGAAGUGCUGCAGCGCCAAAAAGAUCAGCUUCCCACUUUAUUUCCCUGUCCUGGCACAGCUGAGCGUAAACAAGGAUGCCGUCUUGCCCUUCAACUGCAGGAGGAAACUGAAUCCUUACAGUUAAUGCUUAGCAGCCUGUCUGAGAGGAGAAAUGAGCUGAUUGAGCAAACCAGAGACAGCAUCUGGAAAGAUUCUUCCUGGGAUGAGCUUUACACCCACUGGUCAGCACUGAUGGCAGAACUAAAGGGAGUGUGUUCCCGCCUUGAGGAAGGUGCGAGUAACGAGGAACAAUUUGGCCACUUGCUGCAGCACUGUUGCCACAAAUUGAUGUCCCUGCAGGAAAGGAUAUCAGCCUGUCAAGCCCAGAAAGAAAACUCAGCAGGAACAAACACUGACAUAGCAACUCUGGAGGUUUUGCUACAAGAAGUAACUGGCACUGAAAAAGAUCUUUUUCAGCUUGUAACUCUCAAGGACUCCAUCACAGUCAGUUUAACAGCUGAGGCCCAAAUAAGUCUGACCCAACAAGUCAGCAACCUUCAAAACCACAAGAGGGCACUAGAGAGUAAAAUCAGAGAAACUCUGGCACAGCUUAAAGUGAACAGUGAUGAAAGCAUUCAGCGGGUUAAAAAAGAAGCCUUGUAUGUGCAGACAGCUCUUAAAGACCUGGCUGAAGGUGUCGACAAUCUUUCCGAUACCCAUGAAGCUUUGCCUGAUAUCAGCCAGCUGAAACAACAGUGGUGUAUGAUACAGAGCUGUGAUAGCAGGCUGACAGAGCUGGCAGCAACAGCUGAAGACCUGCAGAGGACCAGAGAGUCGACCAGCACACAGGAAGCCCUUCCUGCAGAUAUCAUUUUGACUGUCAGUGCCAUUUCUGAAGACCUUGGCAGCCUCAGGUCUGUUUUUUUGCAAAAGAAGCAGGAUUUUGCAGAAAACACUGCAAACAGAGUGAGAGAGCUCACCAACCAGAUGCAAGAGUGGUGCCAGAGAGUACAAGCUGAACCAUCAACGCAUAGCCAGGGAGCUCUGGAUGAAGGUUUGCAGCUUCAACAAGCACUUUAUAAUGUACUCUCAGAGCAAGAUUUUCUUCUUAAUUGCCUGGGAACAAAUGUGGCACAGGAAUUGGAGAAAAAUGCUUCAGAUGCACUCACUGAAAGCCAAUCUGCACUUGAAACCCAAUCUAAACACCUGGUCAUUCUUGUUCAUGGCGAUGUGCAACUGAAAAACAAAGAUUUUCCAAGCAGAAGUGAACAAGACAGUCUAAGAAAUGAAAGUGGAGCACCUCAUUCGGCAUCAAGUGAUAAAACUACAGCAGUGGGUCUUACUGCUUCGCCUUUCUCUUGUGCACCACACAGCCAGGAAAACUCUGAAACUAAUCAGAAUGACAACAAAAUUCAAACCAAAGGCACCAAACUUCAUACAGAAGUAUCAGGAGGUUCAAAUGUGGAAGCUGAUGCCACAAAACAAGAACAAGCAGGCAUGCACGCUGGUGCACAGGCAGCAGAAACAACAUUUCCAGAUGUCAAAUCAGAGGAGACAACAGAUUUCUGUGACUCUGGGGAGCAAACAGAGAGGGCAGUGGAUGAUUCCGUGGAAAGUGGGGAGGCCUUAAAUGGCACACAUAUAUCUGCUUCUGGCAAGAAACAAGUGACUCCUGAUAGCACUGUAUGUAACACAGAAGCAGCAUAUGAGGAGGUGCCAAAAGGAGAAAACACAGAGGAAGCAAAUGAAUGUGAAAGCACAGAAUGCAAAGGUUCAGAAUUGCCAGUAAAACGAGACAUUGCUUUGCUGCCAAAAGACAAAAAUGAGGGGAAGUUGCCUGCAGCACUAGAGGACAUGGGAGUAACACAGGAACAGCGUCAGAUCGCAGAGAGCAUGGAGCCUGAGAGCACGGCGCCAGGUUCACCAGCUGAUCUGGGUUCUAAAAAGACACCAGGUGGACCGGCAAACUCCUGCAAAGAAAAGCACACCAUGCAGGAUAUUUUUUCUGAUAUCCAGAAUGUGGUGGAAAGAAGUAACAUAAUAAAUAGAACACCACAUAUAGAUUUAAAUUGGUAUCUGAAGUUUUCUCCUGGUGAACAACAGAUUCAGUUGGUACGAACUGUUCAAAAGAUUCUCGCAUGUCGAUAUCAACCAGCCAAACUCAAUGUCAUAGCUAUGGCCAAACAACUGGAGGAAGCAAAGGAGUACCAGCGCACUGUGCAGGAACAAGUUGCUACUUUAAAAAACUCAAGUGCCUCUAAGGCUUGUGAACCAAGUGCCUUAAACAGUGCUGCAGUCCAAUGGAGCGCAGCACUGCUAGAUGCUUCUGCCACAGUGCAGGUCAAAGCAGCACAACUGGAGCAGGUCAAACAGUACCACAAGCAGAUGAAGCUCACCAGAGCUUUUCUGGAGGUUAUAGCCGCUGAGAAGGAAAAAACGAGCUUACACUCUUUGGGAAGCAGUGCACUACAGGCUGAAAAGCUUCAUGUGCUCCUGCAAACAAUGGAACAAAAGAAAGCUAUGAUGGAAGGUUUGCUACGCUUAAGUAGCCAGUUGUCAGUGCACUUGAGUGACGCUGAAAGUUCAGGUGCUCUUCUUGGUCAGCUUGGAAAUGUUCAGGAAGAAUGGCGGCUUCUAAAAGGAAGUAUCAAAAGAGCUCUGCGGCAUGCCUCCAACUCCACCUGUCAAUCCUCCCUUCUUUUGAAAGAAGCCGAACAACUAAAAGCCAAACUCGAAGCUCUCCAGAAAUCCGACUGUCAAAACCUUGACAGCAAAAGUGCCUUGGAAUGUGUUUGUCUGACCACAGACCUAAAACUGUAUAACCAGCUUUACUUACAUUUACAGUCCCAGUCAGAUGCUCUCAACAAUUUUUCUCUAGGUCAGAAGGAGAAAGAUGAAAUCGAGCAUAGUCUUCAGGAAUUGGCUUCCUUGCUCGGGGUCACCAAAAAGAAACUUGAUUCUUUCACACUUAGCUGUGGUGACAGUUCUCCAACUAAGAUCAACAAACAGCUACGAGACUUGAUUGUAUGGGCUAAGCAGGCAGAAAAUCAUAUCUCUAUUGGGAAAAAGUUAGCUCUUUUCCCAGAGGAGGCUCGUAUUCAGAUUGUCGAAAUGAGGAAAUUUCAGACUGAUAUUUUGUCUAGACAGUCCAAGAUGAGAGUACAAGUUGACGAGAUGAAAGAGUUGGCCUCUAAUAUGGAAAAUGAAGAAAGUGACCAAGUGUUGAGGACAGUAGAAGACCUUUAUGAAGCUAUUGCUGACAGUUUGGAUCUUGUUCUUGACACCAUGGAAAAAGAUCUUAAACAGAGAGAGAAACUGUUAUGCGAGCUUGCUAGCAUGGAUGCCUGGUUAGCAGAAACACAUGCUAAAAGAAACCCCUGCACUCACGUUGAGAAUAUUUCAAAAGCGGACCUCAAAAAGCUAGAGAACGACCUGGAAAGUCAUGAAUUAGCCACAGUGGAUAUAGAGAGCCAGCUAGAACUGGUGGAAGUGAUGUCAGAAAGUUGCAGGAAAAUAGCCAUAGGGUUGAGCCCAGCAGAGAGCCGCUAUCUUGUCAACAGACUUUCAGGCCUUUGGACAGAAUUAGAUGGAUUGCUAGCUCAUGAGAAAGCCACCAGCUGGGAAUUAAAGGAGCUGAUUCAUGAGCGCACUACUUCAGAUGAAGAGUUAUCUUCCAUUCAGGUUAGUUUAAAGCAGAUUUCUGCUGAUCUAGAGCAGCUGAAGAUCCCUUUGACCCAAGAAACCCUUUCAGUGAUUGCACAAUGGAAACACAUGCUAAUGGAGCAUCAAUGUCAAAUCCAGGAGCUUCAGCAUUGCCUGGAGGCCAAGCGAAGCUCCUUUCUGUGUUCUAUCGGGGAACUGGAAGACCGGUUCAAAGCUCUUAGCAUAAGUGCCUUUGAACAAGAAAAGUUUCUGCACCUAAAGACACAAAUGGAGGAAUCUAAAGAUAUUGUCAAAGAGCAAAUCCAGAAUGCCAAAAACAAAGCACUCGGUGUGGAUGAGAGGUUUAAACUAUGCCAAACAGUCCUCGUUGAGAUUCCUUUAGUCAAAACACAAAGUCAAGAAGCAGCAGAUCAGUUGGAGGUUAUAGCUCAGGAGUUGCACCCAUCUGUUCUUCAUUUAGAGAGGGAAAGGAUUCAUCAUAUAGUUGAUACUUUGGAGUCUUGGGAGACUCUUGUCACAGAUGAUAUCAAAAACCUAGAAGCUCAGCUCCUGCUAGGUUUACAGUUUGACUCAGAGCUUCCUGCUUAUAUAGAACUCUUAGAAAGCAUAAGAGUCGAGCUGGAAGGAACCGAACCAGUCAGUCCAGAAGAAACAGCCAUAGAUAUUGCACUACAACGAUACUGGGUCAUUUGGCGAAGUAUGGAGUCUGGGAUGCGAGUUUUGGAAAAUCUGGGACAGAAAGAAAAAACUGACCUGAGGAACUACAAGGAACUAUAUUCACUUCGAGAUUCAGUCAUGCAAGAAUGUCACUCGCAGAUGGUCAUGCUUUCACAAGCUAGAGAAUCCUUGAAAGAUUAUCACUGGGCUGCUCAAGGAGCAAUAGGCUUCCUACACAAUGCUGAGGCAACAUUCUUGUCAGCUCCUGGAGGGUUUUUGGAUUGUGCUGAGGAACAAAGACAGACCCAAGAGGCUUUAGAAACUCUUGAAAAGGGUUUUCACGCUCAUAUUUGCCACCUUGUUGAACGGGUACCUCAUGAACCCUGCCUUUCCUUCCCAAAGACCGAGCAGCUCCACAUCAACAUCCUCAGCCAGCUAACGGUUGGAAGAGCCAUACUGGAGGCCCAGGCGCAGCUCAGGCUUGAGUCCUUGCAAAGGUGUGAAUUGAGACAGCAAAGUCACCAAAAGUGCCACAAAGACAUUUGUCAACAUCUUUCACAGUUUGAGGAAAGGCUUUCAGAAUGUGCUGCAGAACAUGUGACAUCAUAUGACAAAUGUGUUGCCCAACAAAGAAGAGCUCAGCUUCUGAUGGAAGAUCUCCACGGUCUUGCUGGGAGGAUAGACGACCUGAGAGCUGUUUGUCCAAUGCAGGGUUGUGGGGUUGGAAAGGAUGGUGAGGUUGGUGCCCUCUGGAGGCACUGGUUGUCAUUACUUCGUGAUGUUGGCCUCCUGAUGGUACGCACAGAGCAGAGAGGAGAGGAGUGGAAAGACAUUACUGCAAGCAUGGAGCAGUGCUGCAGCUUUUUAGCCAGACUUCAGGCGGAGGUUCGAGACCCCACCACUGUGAACUUCACUCGAGAGGAUCCACAGGAGCUUCUCGCCCUGGCUGAGAUCCAUCAGACAGGUUUGGAGCAGGAGCAGCAGGACCUGGCCUCCCUGGAGCAUCGACUAGAGCACGCCCUGAGCUUAUCAAGUUCCUUGAAUUCCAUCACCCCAGGGCCUAUUGGCAAAACGCUGGUGAAGAUCCAAGAUAAUGUCAGGAGCUUAAAAGAACGAAACCUGCUGGUUGUAGCUGCAGCCCAGGCCGAGGAGAGAGAAAGACGACAAGUCCAAGAAGAGAUGGGAGAGAUUCAGAAACACGUGUUUCUCAUUCUUCCAGCACUGGAAGCAUGUUUGAAUCCAAGCGAAAGACAGGAGCUUAGAAAGGAGUUGUCCUCUCAGAAGACCAAGCUUAAGUGCAUCACGGACAGUGUGCAGAGCCGAUACACAGAGGUUCCUGUGGAUAUAGGCAAGCAAAUACAGGAUCUCCAGAUGUCUCUGCAGAGAGCAGAAGAGAAGCUCAUAGAGAACAGCCUCGUUAAGAAACUGGCUAGCAGAGUGCUGGAGUUGGGUUCUGGCAUGGAGAAGGUGAAAGCAUUACUGGAGCAGAGAAGUCCAACAGUCAGUGAAGCUCAGAAUGUCCUGAAGCAUGUGUGGGAUGAGCUGGAUGCCUGGCACAGCAGCUUGAUGCUCCUGGAGAGCGAGGUGCAGGAUCUUGCGGAAGAGCAGCCGGAUCAAGCCCAGCUUCUUAUUGACCAGCUCACACAACCCCAGCAGCUCUACCAAGAUGCAGCACAGAUGGUUGAGCAGCGUACAACCUUUCUCAGCAAGAUCCCAAAGUGUCUUCAGGAGUUAGAAGAUAUUCUGCACAGCGCCAUCCGCUGGUUAGGUGAGGCCCAGUCAUGGCUCAGUGCUCCCUGCUCAUUCACAACAGCAAAAAGCCUCCAGAAUCAUGCAAAGUCCCUGCAGCUGGUCCUGGAUGACUCUGAGAUGAUCAGGGGGAACCUGCAGGAUUUCAGAUUGGUGCUGGGUGAAAUCUCUGCGGUGUGUGACAUCAGUGCCCAGGAGGAGAGGCUGGAGCAAAACGACCAACAAGUCCUCAAAAUGCAAGGCAGCAUUCUCGGGCCACUGGAGCAGCUCCUGCAGGCUGUUGUAGUGGUGGAGGACAUGGAAGCUGAACUUAAGACUGUGGAGAAAAAUGUGCUGAAAAUCAGAACGAUUUUAUCCUCCAUGGAUGACUCCAAUAUAUCCCUGACAGAACAUCUGCACAACAGACAGGUGAUCCAGGCUAAUUUGUGCUCAAUGCAGAGGAUGUUAGAAGAUCUGGAAAAAUGCAAAGGAGAGCUUCACAUCCCACAAAGAGCAGAAGAAGGCCUUCAAGUCUACUCCAAAGCCAGGCUGCUCCUGCAGUCACUCGAGGAGCUGGAACAUCUCACACAGCAACAAGCCUCUCUGCUUGAGAACAAGAUCAGAGAAGAGGAAGAAACAAGUGUGAUUCUUGCAAUCACAACAGGCUCUCAUACUCCUGGACAGAUGCAACAGCUAGACACACAUCUAGUCCAGGGAGCUUUUGAGGUAUCUAACUCAGAGGAAGAGGAGGAUGAGGAUGAUGAGAGUUGUCACUCGUCAUCCUCUGACACACUAACAAGCAGUAUUCCAGAGGACCCUGAGGACACGCUCAAGCUUUCAGAAGUGCAAAGGGAGGAUAUGGCAGAACAUAAGCCACCGUCACAUAUGAAGGACAUGGAGGGUAUGCUUCAUCAGUCUUCUUCUGAAUGUGCAGAAAUGCCCGAGUUAAAUAUCAACUUUGAAGCCAAACAAGCUGAGGCUGGAAUAAUAACACCUGACACUAAAGCUGAUUUUGACAUAGCACUUAGUCCUGAAUCAGUGACCGCUCAGUCACUAAACACUGCAGCCAUCCCUGCAGCAGAAGGCCAGCUUAAAGCUGCUGCUGUGCACCAGCAUGAUUUACCGAAACACGAAGCCUUUGAUGCUGACCCUCGCACAAACACCCCUCAGGCAGCAGCUGGAGCGGAAGAUACAAGGCUGAUUCCCUCAAGACCGAUAACUCCAUUUGCUGCUGGAAGAGCAUCAGAUGAGCUGACAGAGGAGGAAAAUCUGUCGCUGUCCACAGCUCCCAAUUCAGAUCUGGAUGUUUUUGAUAGACUGAGGGAGCAAACUAAAGUCAGCACCAGAUGUUUGUUGGGAGGAUCCCAGCAACCCCAGCAGUUUUCUGCUGAGCCAAUCGGUUUGCCUGGACAUGAAAAUGUUAACCCCAAACGCCAAAGGUGGAGUCACCUUCAUUUCCAGAUUUCUGAAAAAAUAACCACUUUGAAAAAAGUUAAGGAGGACCAUCAAAGCCAGAACAGAGAAGAUGCAGAGAACAGACAAAAGGUUCCAGAUGAGGCAUUGAGGUCAAUUGGAUCUACUUGUGCAGCUCUUCAGCACACACAGGAGGCCAUCACUAUGCUAAGAAAAAUAGUGAGCUCCACCGAUGGUUCUCAUCCAGGUGUGAAAGAGGAGUUUUACGAGGCUAUACAGCAGGUCCUCCUCUGCCUCGAUUCUUUGACUGUCCAUCUGUUGACUUGUGGUGGCACGGGUGAAGAUGAACCUCAGCUGAGGCUGCUGCAGCACGAGUGUAUAUCAGCUGAGCUGGGGACCAUCUCUGAACUGAUGAGUAAAGUAGCGUCAGAGACCAGGCCUCAACUUUCAAAGGAAGAACCAGAUGCUUACAGCUGUUUGACCUGCCUUCAGGAUUGUCUUCAUACAGCCCAGCUGGUCUUGACCUCCUCCCACAAUCAGCUUAUUGAAGAUCCAGGCCUUAAGGACCCUUGCAAGGAGAUCUCCACCAAUCAGCUGUGUCUUCUGGACGAGUUUGAACUUGGACAGAGUCAAGUCUUUCCAAAUCUAAAGGAUGGUCCCAGUUUGGAGUGUGUGCUGGCCAGACAUCUGAGGGAAAGUCCAGGGGAAAAGGCCAAGAUGCAACACAGUUCUAGGUCCUUGCUUCAGGGGAUAACUCGGCUCCUGGAACUGGGUGAAGAAUGCAUAAGAGAGAGAAAGAUGAGCCAGGUUCACAGCUGCAGCAAACUUCAAGCUGUUCUCUGCAGACACAAGAAGCUCCUGCAGGUCCUCAGGUCCCAGAUGGCUUUUGUUCAGUAUCUAUCCCAACAUGAGCCAGAAGCACUCAAGUGUCAAGAGGAUGAACGGGUACACCUGGAAGCCAGGGCCAAAUCACUGCAGCAACAGGCUCUGGAACAGGAAGUGGCUUCUCAAAGGAGACUUCAGGAGUGGACCCGUUGGGAGGAUAAUUGUGGUCGAUUGGGGAGAGUGCUGGAUGAGUCUGAAGCCUUCAUCAGCAGAUGGGAGCCAGAGGGAGAUGAUGAUGAGGAGGAGUUAGUGCAGCACAGACUAGAUGCCUGCCAGCAAACACUGGUCCAGCUGGAUGACAACAAAGCCACUUUAGGAGCGAUUCUGGAUCAGGGUAAGGUGCUGCAGGCAGAGCCCCUGCUUGCUGCCUCAACCCAUCAGGCAGGCGGCGCUCUGGAGCUGCGAUGGAGGAAUGCCUACAGGCGAACAGAGAAAGAGAUUCAGCGCUGCAGAGACAUCCAGGACACCCAAAUCAGAUUCCACACCAACUUUGACUUGGUCAGUGAAUGGCUGGCUGAUGCCAACAAACACCUGAAGACUUUGUUAGGUCUGGUAGAUCUCUCUGACCUGAGUCAGGAGUGUGUUCAAAGCAAUCUCAUCAAGCUGCUGGACUUCUCCAUGGAAGUGGAACGUAUGUCUGUACUGAAGACGUCGGCAUCCAAGGAUGCUGCUCAGUUCCUCCAGCUGAGGGAGGCUGACUGCCCUGGACUGAGAACUCAGCUUACCCAACUGGAGAACAGCUGGAACCAGCUGACCUCUGACAUGUCAAAGACCCAAGACCAGCUGCAACAGUGUCUCCUGGCAGCACAGCCAUCGAUGGAGCUGCUCUCUGAUCUGGAGGAAUGGCUCAAACUGAUGAAGAACUGCAUGAUCCAGGAGAAAGAAAAAGUCCUCAAGGCCAGCAGUGCAGCUCAGGUCACUGAAAUCCUGCAGAACUUCCAGGCAUUCAAAGCUGCUGUGACCAAUGGGCAGCUCCUCCUUCAUUUCCUGUGUCAGCCCAGGCCUCAGAUGGCAGACAUCCAGGCAGUCCGCUCUGAACGUACAACGUUCGCAGAGGAACUCGGUGCCUCCAGGCUGCAGUGGCUGCACUUUCAGAGAGAGCUAGAGAGUCAGAUUUGUGGCGCUGAGCAGAUCCAUCGCACUUGUGCAGAAAGGGAGAGGCAUUUGCAGUGUCUCCACGGCUGGAUAGAGCAGCAGAAGAAGCAGCUGAAUCAGUGGAAACAGCCCACCAGCCAAACUCUGGCUCAUAAGGCUCUGCUGGAGUGGGAGGCUCUUGAGGUUAGAGUGAAGGAAGUGGCUGCAGCUCUACAAGAGUUAAAAACCACACAAGUGUACGAUAAAAGGGAACAGGAGCGCCCAUGUGAUGUUGCCUUUUCUAAUGAGGCAGAGGGCGUCAGUCAUGCUUGCAGGGAUCUUAGUCAAGAGAUGAAAGCUCUGAGACCUGCACUUCAACAGGUUGUGGAAAAGUGGAGUUGUUUCCACAGAGAUCUGAGGGAUGUGACUCUGCACACCACCAGGGUGCACUGUGCCUUUCAGCAUCAACAAGCUCCUCUCAUCUUGCUGAAGCAGGCAGAGGGAUACGUAGACUUCCUCCUGCAACUCCAGGAGGAGGCUGGAAAAGGAGAAGCACUUUGGGCAGCUGUGGACAAAUCCUGUCAGAGUCUUAUAGGGUCUCUCCAUCAUGGAGCGGCACAGGCACUACGUGAUGAAGUGGAAGGAGAACGAAAACGGUGGCAGAACAUGGUGCAGGAGAUAAAGGAUGAAAACAUAAAGACAGAAGAGACGCUUUUGGUCUGGCAGGAAUACACUCGUCUCUCUUGUAGCUGCUCUGCACAGCAGAAACACCUGCAGCAUGAGUGGGAGGAGCUAUCAAGGUCAUCACUUUCAGCUGGACACAACACUCAAGCCAUAGUUUGCUCAGUAAAGAAGUUGCAGGGUGCUGCUGAAGAGCUGCAAAGCAUCAUGGGAGAUGUCUUAGCAGCAUCCAAGCCUCUUAUUGCCCGGCUAGAACCACUACCUGCAAAUUUAAUAGCAUCAGAAACCAGACUGCUAUCGCGUGGCAUCCUGUUGCUGAACGAGGCAAUUGCAGGGAAAAAGAGGAGCGUUGAGGAGGAUUUAGAGCAAUGUAAACUAUUUCACACCCAACUGGAGGUGCUCGAAAAGCAGAUGCAGGACUUACAGCAGAAACUAAAGGCCGGCACAGAUGACACAGACUCUGUAAAGCAGGUACUCCAGGAGCUCUGUGGUCUGUUUCCAUCAUUGCUGGAUAUCAGAGACAUGAGUGGCCACAUGAACCUUAACAAACAGGAGUCAGAGAGACUGCACAUACUUAUCAGGGAGUGGGUCGAAGUCAUGACUCGUUCAUCAGACAGAGAACUGCAGGAUGAGUGCCAGCGUUCCCUGAGCUUUCAGGAAAAGAGUGGAAGAUUGACACAGAUCAAGGAGAAACUGGAGCAGGAAUCAGUGUGCAGAAAAAAUCCAAGUUAUCCAAGCCUUCAAGAGAUGCUGAUUGUCCAUCAGAGACUUCAGGCUGACAUAAUUGUUGGACAUCAGCUUCUGCAGCAUCUUCUCUGUGAUGCAAUCAAAUCCAUGGAAAAAGAAACAGGAGAGAAAAGAUCUGAGCUCACGGCACAAGUGGUCAGUUUAAAGAAUGGCUGGUUCAGCUCCGUGGCUCUGGCUGGUCAAAGCCGGACCUUAACAAAGGAACAGCUGCACCAAUGGAGAAUCUACAAGAAUGGUUUGAAACAUCUGUGGAAGUUGUUGAGGGACGCUGACUCUUUGCUGCCCCCAACUGGACACUUUCUCUGUGCAGUGGAUCAGCUGCAGAACUGUGUGGACGAUUACCAGUGUAUCACAGAGUCUCUGGAUCAGCACUCCACUGUGUACACCCAGACACUGAAGGCUGGAAAACAUCUGAGUGAAACAAUGAAGGACUCAGAGUGUCACAGUCGACUACAGUCAGAGUUUCAGGCCAUAGAAGAAGCCUGGCAACGAACCACAUCACUACUGAGGGAAAGAAGAGACUUGCUUUACACCACUGUUAAGAUGUGGUCUCGGUGUCAGGAAGGAAUCAGCAACAUCGUGUCUGAAAUGCACGAGUUAAAGAUGAAACAACAGACGUGUGAAAGACCGGAGGACUCCGCUCUUAUCCAGGAGACUGAGCUCUCUCUGCAGCGUUUGGCCAUCGGAUUGAAGGAACUGGCCAACAUGAAGACGGACCUGUCCCAGUAUGUCACGGCCAGUGACUCGGCUCUGCUGGAGAAGCAGCUGGAGCAACUCCACAGUCAGUGGGAAGAGCUGUGUAUGAAGGUGUCAUCGCGCAAGCAGGAAAUCGCAGAUCGUCUCAAUGCAUGGACCAUCUUCAAUGACAAAAACAAGGAGUUCUGUGAUUGGCUGACUCAGAUGGAGAGCAAAGUGUGCCACCGGGAAGAGCUGAGCAUCAAAGAAAUGGUGGAGAAACUAAAGAAGGACUGUAUGGAGGAAAUUAACUUGUUUAGUGAGAAUAAAAGCCACCUGAAACAGCUGGGAGAGCAGCUGCUCUUAGCCAGUGACGAGGCCAAGCAGGCACAGGUCCACGAGUCGCUGCAGGAAGUCAACCAGCGCUGGCACAACCUCUUCCACCAAAUCGAAGCCAGGGUGAAGAAGCUGAAGGAAACUCUGGUGACGAUGCAGCAGUUGGAUAAAAACAUGAGUAACCUCCGCUCAUGGCUUUCUCGCAUCGAGGCCGAGCUGUCGAGACCCAUCACCUACAGCAUCUGUCACGAACAGGAGAUCCAAAGGAGGCUGGCAGAGCAGCAGGAGCUGCAGAGGGACAUUGAGAAGCACACGGAGGGUGUAGCAUCCGUGCUCAGUCUGUGCGAUGUGUUGCUGCGGGAUGAAGAUGCUACUGGUGGCACUGAGGCGGAGAGCGACUCCCUGCAGGAGACCAGCCGCAGCCUGGACCAGCGCUGGAGGACCAUCUGUGCUAUGGCUCUGAAUCGAAAGCUCAGGAUUGAGGAGACUUGGACACUCUGGUGUAAGUUUCUCAAUGACUACUCCCGAUUUGAGGAUUGGCUCAAGAUGGCUGAGCGAACCGCUGCCAACCCCAACUCAGCUGAUGUCCUUUUUACUGUCGCCAAAGAGGAGCUCAAGAAGUUUGAGGGUUUCCAAAGGCAGGUUCAUGAGCGACUGACCCAGCUGGAGCUGGUCAACAAUCAGUACCGCCGGCUGGCCAGGGAAAACCGCACUGACCGAGCCAGCCAGCUCAAAGCAAUGGUCCAUGAAGGCAACCGGCGGUGGGAUACACUGCACCGAAGAGUGGCCGCCAUCCUCCGCAGGCUCAAGUAUUUCACCAGUCAGAGGGAGGAAUUUGAAGGGACCAGGGAAAGUUUGCUGGUGUGGCUGACCAACCUCGAUCUGCAGCUCACCAACGUUGAGCACUUUUCAGAGAGCGAUGUCCAUCAGAAGAUACAGCAGCUCAAUAGUUUCCAGAAGGAGAUCACCCUGAACACUGAGCGCAUUGAUGGACUUAUUGUGUUUGGAGAGGGCCUGAUCCAGAAGAGCUCACCGCAGGAUGCGGCGAAGAUAGAGGAGGAGCUGGAGGAACUGCACUCCUACUGCCAGGAAGUUUUCAGGAGACUGGUCCGCUUCCAUCAGCGCCUCAGCCAACCCCCUGUAAGCCUAGAAGAACCAGAGAUCCCCUCUACCACCUUUUCCCUGGAAUCAAGCUUGGAGCUGAUUGGCCGACCGUGGCUUGGGCGUAGCUUUGGAAGCCUUCCAGCCACACCCACUCUCCUGCUGUCCUCGCCCCUGGUGCAUUCAGGGCGGGAGACACCGGAUUCACUGCCUUUGGAGUGGGACCACACCGUAGACGUAGGAGGGUCAUCAUCACAUGAGGAUGAUGAGGAAGAGGAAGAGAACGAGGAAGAGGGAGCUUACUUCAGUGCGCUGUCAGCAUCAAGCAGGUCUGUGGCUGUACAAGACUCUCCGAGAUGGCGGGCACUGGGAGACAGAGAAACUGAGUCUGACACAGAGGGACACACUGAGGCCACACGCACUCUGACCAGCACCCCUCUAAAGCCGGGAUAUCUGAGUCUCAUGUCUGAGUGCAGCAGGAGCAUAGAGAGCAUCAGCAGAGUGUCGCUGAUCCUGGAUGACGUGGAGCAGCCGGAGGAGUUCGGUCUCACGGGACUGAGUGCCUCAGACAAACAGUCAGGUGUGAUUGAACGCUGGGAAUUGCUCAAGGCGCGGUCCAGAUGCAGUGAGCGUGACGGCUCUGAGGAGCCUCAGCAGCUCAGGUGUGAUCUCGACAACAUUACUUCCUGGUUAAAAAAUGUGAUCCCGGAGCUGGACCGCCUUCAGGAGUCUGACCCAGCGGCCAGUAUUGAGGAGAUGGAGGCCAGAGCUAAAGAACUAAAGGAGAUGCAGAAAAUGUUUACUCACUACAAGUCUAUCAUGCUGUCAGUCAACCUGCGAAGUGAGGAAGCUCCAGAAGCACAGGAGAAACUGACGAGUAUGAACAGAGACUGGAGCAGAGCGUGUACUGGCCUCCAGCAGUGGGACACCAGCCUGAGGAAGAAGCUCAUGCAGUGCCAGGACUUUCAUGAAAGCCUCCACUCUCUGCUGCUGUGGCUCGCUCACGCAGAGAGCAGACGCUACGCAGUGGACAUCGGCCACCCAGACACGACUCUCACAGCGCUGCAACAGCACAGCAACACACUCACUGCUCUGCAAAAGGAGCUGCAGGACAGGCAGGCUCAUCAGGCGUCCCUUCAGACUCUGUGGUCUCAGCUCCAGCCUGAAGACGGCACAGAGAGCAACGAGGCCCGGGAGAAACUCCACGUGACGGGGAGCAAGCUGAAGCUGUUACUGAAGCAGGUGGACGGCGACCUCAGCAACCUGCGGCAACGUCUGGACUGUGAAUCUGCAACAGCUACCCAGUGUCAAAGUGUUUCUCAGGAGGCUGCAAAUUCAAAGAAAGGCUCCUCCACUCAAAGAGAGAAGCGGGAAUCCUCUCCCCCUCGAUCCUUCUUCUACCGGGCCCUGCGUGCUGCCUUCCCUCUUCAGCUCCUGCUGCUGCUCCUCCUGCUCCUGCCCUGCCUGAUUCCAAUGUCGGAAAGUGACUCCAGCUGCACCCUUACCAAUAACUUCGCCCGGUCCUUCUACCCCAUGUUGCAUUACACCAACGGCCCACCGCCCACUUGAUUGUAAUAUUCAUGCGAUAAUAGAAACUUUCUAAAGGAAACGGAUGAACGUAUGUCACCAUGCUGUCAUGUUCAGUUUCCCAAAGUCUGAAAAGUGUAAAGAUUUGCCAGCAGCUCUUUUGUCUUUCCAUCAAGAAAAAACUCACCAUGCCAAAAAAAACCCCCAGCUUUGCAUCAUUUAGUCUAGUAAUAUAAAGGUUUUAACAUCAUUCAGGAAAUCAAUCACUUUUGCCACUCGGAGACCACCUACACAAACUUUAGGAGUCAUAGAUGAGGUGUUGAUAACUGAUGAUAAUCCUCCAACACGAGGAUUAUCAUCAGAUGAGGGACGAGUCACCAAAUCUAUUUCUAGUGAGGUACAGUAAUUAUCCUAUUAAUCAGGUAAGAACACGUAAGUCACAGCAUUAAGAAAAAGAAAAGCUACGUAUUAUAAAUAAUGAUUCAUUCGACAGAUGACGAAGCCACAGUGGAUUUUCAAACUCGGUCUGAAAAGUGAAGCCAGUGCACAAGUGCCUUAAACCUGAAUCCUUUCUAAUGGUGGCAAAAAAAAGUCAGGUUAUAUAGAAGUGCAUGAGAAAACGUCCCUAUGUCUUAUUGAGUGGUGAUCUCAGUAAACACUUUUCAGAGUUUCAUUUGUUAGUCUUUUUUAAUAGAGCAUGAUGCUCAUUUUGUACAGAAAAAUGGCCUGUCUGUAUUUAUAUAGCGCUUUAAUAGUCCCUAAGGACCCCAAAGCGCUUUACAUAUCCAUCCAUCCACCCAUUCACACACUGGUGAUGGCAAGCCACAUUGUAGCCACAGCCACCCUGGGGCGCACUGACAGAGGCGAGGCUGCCGGACACUGGCGCCACCGGGCCCUCUGACCACCACCAGUAGGCAACGGGUGAAGUGUCUUGCCCAAGGACACAACGACCGAGACUGUCCAAGCCGGGGCUCGAACCAGCAACCUUCCGAUUACAAGGCGAACUCCCAACUCUUGAGCCACGAUCGCUCCAGAAAGGCCCAACUAAAGUACAGAUUAGGGCAGUGUCACUGACAAGUGGCUACCAUAUGACGAUUCAUCAUCCUCCACUUCAAAACACCAAGAAAAAGUAAGCAAUAAGAUGGCUACAGCCAUCAUUUACAUACAGUUUGAUUUUUCACUGACUAAACUGUUUUUUUGUUUGUUUUUUAAUCUAGCCAGACACUGAACUCUUGUGUUUUUGAGAUUUGCAUGUUUAUAUUUCAUUUACUUCAUGAACUCU